AUGGACGCCCUGCUAGGGCGGCUCGGGGCGCAAGCCGUCAACUAUGCCAUCCGUUCUGGGAUUGCCCUUACUUCGAGCUAUGCUGUUGGGCAGUGCUCGAGACUGCUCAAGACUGUUGAUGAUAGAGCCGUUCGCGCAGAGCUCAAGAGCCUGCAAGACCAGCUCAACAGCAAGGUCAAGAUCCUGUCGCCCGUUAUAGACUUGAUAGAGUUUAAGUCUGGACGAGGCAACGUCUUUCUUGAAUCUGCCGUUCCCUUGGCGAAGUCUCUGCACCGCGAUAUUGUUUCCCUUGGCACGAGACUGGAAAAUGCUGCCAUCGCAGAAGAAGGGUCUCAGAGGUCUGGGACGAAGGCCAAGACCGCCGAAGCACAUCAUGCCGAGUUGCGGAGCAUCAUUCGUGACAUCAAGGCGCUGUUGGCACGGAUUGACAGAGAGAUCCCGUCUCUGCAAAUCGCAAUCACCGCCUCAGGAGAAACGCUGUCCUCGUCCAUGCCCACGGGCAUAUCGCCGUCGCGAUUCCUCCAGGCUAGCUUCUUCUUGAACCUUGGGGAUACACAAUUUGCCAGUGAUCCCACGCGUCCCGUCCAAAUAGGCCCCAACUUCCAUCUGUCCCUUUACAUGCUUUUCGUGGGACACACACAGCCCACAGCGCAGCACGGCCCUCGCCAGCUCGCAAGACCAGCUACUCCAGACCCAUCCCGCGCAGGCUCCCCACAGAAGGAUGAGCCGUACGGAUUUGGGGAGGGUGAGAGAAGACCUAUAUGGCAGGAGGUCCUGCACAAGGCUCGAGUACGGCUUUGCAGAACCCCGAUUCAGUGGGCGUUCGAUCAUAACCAAGGAUACGUUCCUGAUGGCUUUUUUAUGCCGGGCGAGAGUUCACGCUAUCCAGGAGACGAAGCUUUUGGGCGGCCCGACGAAUAUUCGUACCAUCUCGAGCUCGUGGAGGAUUUGAACGAUGGAAGAGUGCAUGAAGACGGCGACACUAAGACUCGUCCAUAUGACACCAUCACUCAAGCCGGAAUACGCGAAUCGAUCCCCAUCCAUCAGAUAUCUCGAAUCUUCUACACGGACAGUGGCAGAAUCCUCAAUAUCGGAAACUCUGACGAGGCCGGCAACAAUCCCAUACUUCUUCUGAAGAGAAAUACGAACGCCGCCGGCGACUCCGACGUGGAAGAGGAGACCAUGGAACCUCGUCAACACAAUCCGGUGAAAGCUAUCAGCGGUUCAGGUGAUGGUAAUGUUGACUACGAGCAAGACGAAGUCGAUCGUCAGCUACGUGAAGAAAAUGGACUCCCGGACGGCAACGCUGUGGCGAAGCCCCACCCACUAGGCCUGCAUCUCCCGCCUCACCUCGACCCUGAAUGGCUCGCAUUUGAGGUCUUUUCAGAGGACAGUGACUGCGGAUCAUCAGGCACUGAAGACGAAGCAGAUGAUGACAGUGAAGACGAGCGAACAGUGCCCAACGUCAAAGCAAAGCGGCCAACGGCAUCUCAUCAUUCCUCACUCGAUGCAAAUCUGAUGGCACAGAUCAAGACUCUCUCUAUUCAGUCCCCAACAGGGAUUAACGACACUUCCGGCACGCCCACAUCGAAAGAUGUGCAGAGGCUGGAUGCUCGGCGGGAAGAGCAAUUUGUGGCUAGGUCGCCAUUCAGCGCGAUUACCUCGUCACUAUCGCUGAUGGAAAUGUUGAUUCGGCUUACAAGCCUCCAAGAGUUUCAGCAGGCGGCGCACUUGUCGAUACCGGACCAUAUCUUGUCAUUCUUCUUGGAGGAAACGUCGACUACAGGGCUGAAAGGGGAGGAAAGGUGGAAGGCGAAGAACGAGGCAGAAAGGCGCGUUGGGUUUGAUCCUUACACUGAUACCCCUACCAAAUAA